AUGGAUUCCUUCCUUGGUUCACCAUUUGGGCAGAUCUCCCCGCCCGAUCCUCCUGCCCCCCCACCACCCGGCCAGAUGCAGCGCCCCGCAACCCGCCCCCCCCCGCCCGCAGACUCAUGGUCAGCCCAGCAAUCGUCACUAGCACUACGCUUCUACAGACUUGGUCUCCCCGGUGUGGCGGAGUUGGUGCUGGGCGCGAGCAAGCUAGAUACCUCGGCGCUGAUGAAGGACGCUGCGUCGUUGGAGGGUGGGUGUUCAGCCUCCAGUGAGGGGAUACUUACCGGUGGAGUGAGGGACGGACAUGGAGUUAUUGUUGCUCCUCAUGGGGGAUCUGGUGCUGGGGGUGCCGCUGGCGCUGGAGGUAGUGGUGGUGUUGGCGGAGGGGUGUCGACGCCGCCGGAGACUCCUAGUGUAAGUCCCCCCCUCCUCCAUCUCUCAACCCAUCGACAGUGAGAUUUGUGGAGCUAAGGAAGAGUAGACAGCAGGUCGCACCCGCCCCGAAAGAUCCGACCGGCUGAUAACCCAUAAGGCAAAGUCGAUAAUGGACCUUAAGCAAGCCGACUUCGACAUCCAAGUCAUCCUUGCACGCAUCUCGGCGAUAGAGUACAACCCGCUGGACCCCGUGCUCGCCGAGGUGCCUGAGAGUGCGAAGCCAUUCGCCGGCUUUCUCCUCGGGCUCGUGCGGUGCUACAGUGAGACAGACAACGAGCAUGAGAAGAAGACGCUGCAAUGUGUUGCCCUUUACCAUUUACACAUCGUCUUUGACGGCCUUGUGAAGAAUUUUAGGGGGAAGGAUGCUAGGAUUAAGGCUUCCGAGGCUUUGGUAUGUCCCUUCUCCUGAAAGAGUGGAGGCAUGGGUUGGGGGAGGAAGCUAAUUUGGAGAGGGCGAGGGAGCAUAGUGUCAUGUAAUGACAGACAUGCCCAUGGCCAAGUCCGCGAAUUCUUUUGUUACCCUCGCCACCGCUAGUCGCUGGCUAAGGGAGUUGUGUGACUACAUGGGCGGCGCGAGGUUCGCGCAGCAUCUACUAUACGUCAGAGGGGAUUUCACAAUCACCAAGUAUGCUCCUCCCACACCACCUAUCCAUCCUUAAUAUGGCGUUACUGACUUUGGAAGCUUCAAACAAAUGAUGACUUCCGCCGAGCGUUUGCGAAUAAUCAAGGAGGCACUCGCGGAUGCGAGGGAUUACUACAGAACGCAGUUGGAUGAGUUGUACGGCACGUUCAUACCGCAGUAUGUGCCAGCCUUUUAUAGUGAUGCCUUGGCUGGGCGGUGAGGGUAGUUUUAGCUAGCCAUGUAAGGAGCUGGGGGAAAGAAGAGGGGAGGGGAGAAAUGGGGAGGAUGGGAUGGGAGAAUGGCUUGAUAUAUAUCCUGCUGGCGAUUUAUUUUUCCUACUUUCUCUCUUUAAUUCCUCUCACUUCUACUUGGUCCCCCUUUGUGUAUAGAGUUGAUUGAUUGGGCGAUUGGAUGGGGAUUGAGGGAUUGACUUUCCGGGAGGGUCGGGCAGUAGAUGUAUACUAACUUACGUCUAAUGGAGUUAUUCGUUUUUCC